AUGUCGACCAAGGCUGAGUCCUCUCGCCCUCGGGCGACGGACACUAAGAAGGUCCAUAUCGCUGAUACCCCCAUGACUCGCAACAACUGGUACAAGCACGUCAACUGGUUGAACGUCUUCCUCAUUCUCGGCAUCCCGGCCUAUGGCUGCAUUCAAUCCCUUUGGGUGCCGCUUCAGCUGAAGACUGCCAUCUGGGCCGUCAUUUACUACUUCUUCACUGGUCUCGGUAUCACUGCAGGAUACCACCGUCUCUGGGCUCACUGCUCCUACUCCGCAACUAUGCCUCUGCGCAUCUGGCUCGCCCUUGUUGGUGGUGGUGCCGUUGAGGGCUCCAUUCGCUGGUGGGCUCGCGGCCACCGUGCUCACCACCGUUACACCGAUACCGAGAAGGACCCCUACUCGGUCCGCAAGGGUUUCUGGUACUCCCACCUCGGCUGGAUGGUCAUGAAGCAGAACCCCAAGCGCAUUGGCCGUACCGACAUCUCCGACUUGAACGAGGACCCCGUCGUCAUCUGGCAGCACCGUCACUACCUCAAGGUCGUCUUUGGCAUGGGUCUGAUCGCCCCCAUGCUCGUUGCUGGUCUCGGCUGGGGUGAUUGGUUCGGUGGCUUCGUGUACGCCGGUAUCCUGCGCAUCUUCUUUGUCCAGCAGGCCACUUUCUGCGUCAACUCUCUGGCUCACUGGCUCGGUGACCAGCCCUUCGAUGACCGCAACUCUCCCCGUGACCACGUCAUCACUGCCCUCGUCACCCUUGGUGAGGGAUACCACAACUUCCACCACGAGUUCCCCUCCGACUACCGCAACGCCAUCGAGUGGCACCAGUAUGACCCCACCAAGUGGACCAUCUGGACCUGGAAGCAGCUCGGCCUCGCCUACGAUCUCAAGCAGUUCCGUGCCAACGAGAUCGAGAAGGGCCGUGUCCAGCAGCUCCAGAAGAAGAUUGACCAGAAGCGUGCUCGUCUGGACUGGGGUACUCCUCUCGACCAGCUCCCCGUCAUGGAGUGGGAUGACUAUGUCGAGCAGUCCAAGAACGGCCGUGGUCUGAUUGCCAUCGCCGGUGUUGUCCACGACGUGACCGACUUCAUCAAGGACCACCCCGGUGGCAAGGCCAUGAUCAGCUCUGGUAUUGGCAAGGAUGCCACCGCCAUGUUCAACGGUGGUAUCUACUACCACUCCAACGCUGCCCACAACCUGCUGUCCACCAUGCGUGUCGGUGUGAUCCGUGGUGGCUGUGAGGUCGAGAUCUGGAAGCGCAGCCACAAGGAGAACUCCGAGUAUGUUCGUGACGAGAUGGGCCAGCGUGUCAUCCGUGCUGGCCAGCAGGUCACCAAGAUCCCCGAGCCCAUCCCCACUGCGGAUGCCGCUUAG